AUCAAAAGAAUAUAUGAACGAAAGGGAUCAAUGAGAUUUUAUAUAUGAAAUCAUUAUCACUACAAAUUAAAUCAACGUUAUAUAAAGAUAUAAAAUCGACAAAGCUAUGCUCAAAAUAAUAACAAGUGAAAAAUUUUAGAAAUUUUAUAAGUCGACUGUCGUCAAUUAAGAUAUUUCCAGAUUCACUUUGAGUUUUAAAUAAUAAUUUUAAAUCGCAAGUGAGUAGUAAUUGCCGACAGAAAAUUAUCUUGAGCGAAAGUGAUAAUUCGAUGAAAUUCUUACAAUAAAAGUCAGUGAUUGAUUUGAUCGAAGAAAAUCAUGGAAGAGACAGCAACGAUCGCGCUUGACUCUACGGUAAGAAGUCAAAAUUCGAGUCACUCGAAGGAAUCGAAGGAUUCAGUGAACUCGGAAUUGAAGCCAGAGAGUUAUCUAGAAUCAAAACACUCGAAGGAUGUUCUUAUAUCGGAAAAGCAACAGCUGCAACAGCAGCAGCUAUCAAGAUGCGAGGGUCAACAGGAUCUGCGAACGGCUGCCGAAAAUAAGGACGAUUCGAAUUUAUUGAUGUUCACAUCCUGCGGACAAUUACUUCUCGGUAUUGUAUUGGUUGUCUUUGGUAUCUUGGUGCUCGUCCACGGAGCUUCCUUAGGUGGAUCUGGUGCAGGACUCUGGGCAGGUGCGGCUGCCUUGGUUGCCGGUGCACUUGGAGUGGUCGCGACAUUAGCGGCGUCCUCCACCAAAACAAAUUCUGCUUUCUCUUCUGCUCAUCUCGCGUCUAGUUUGAUUGCCCUUGCCCUCUCGAACAUGGCCACUAUAACGGCACUAACGGCGGUUGUCAGGGAUUCGCAAAGAACACCGGAAGUGUCGUUUCUCAGCCUUUCGGGUGAUGAUAGCAAUGUGAUGGAAGUAGAUAACGGUUUGGCAGGCUUACUAGCGAGCAUCGGCUUAUUGAUAGCUAGUGUGGCAGAGCUAUUAGUAUCCGGUUAUAGCUGCCUAACUUUGACACCGAAGUUAUGUAGUUGUCUACGGUCAAACAGUGCUGAUGAAAUAAUGAGCGAUGGUCUGAAGACGCGCAAUAUGGUUCAUCAAUGGGUCAUCACGCAGAAUCAUACCAUGCCGACUAAAAACCAACAGUCACCUAUUUACGUCGUGCAUCCAAUGCCAGUGCCGAUGCAUCCAAUGAUUCAGUCACCAUACGGCAUAUCACCGGCGCCCGGAGGAUUUGUACCUAGAUCCUUUCCGAUUUCGACGCCAAUGCCAUAUGGUGCUGUGCCCAUGUUGUCCCAUAUGUCUCCCAUAUACUCUGGACGUCCUCAAUCUGAAACGUUUCGACCAAAGCACAAACGUCAGCAGUACGCAGAUCAGGGGGAAACAAGAAGACAUACUGAAAUUAAAAACGAGUCUCCAAAGAUGUCACUAACUAAUGAAGAUCCAGUUGAUUUAGCACAGACUUAUACAGGGUUGGAUAAGAGAAUUUCCGAGGAAUUUAUUUCGAUUGCGAUGGAUCCUGAUAGAAAAUCGAAAGUUUCCAGCCAUCACGGCAGCGAAAUUGGGACUACAAAAACUUUUUGAUGGCUUUCAAUUUCAGCAAUGAAGAAUUUGAUUAAAAAAUGAAGGAUUUGCUCACGAUUUAUAUCUAUUUCAUAUUUAGGAUGAUUUUGUAUUUAAGAAAACAAAAUAUUAAGUCUUAUAUUAAGAACUCAAAUCAAUCUUGCAUACUUGCAUUAAGUAUUUUAAUCUCAAGUAUAUUAAAGUUUUAUCUGUCGAAUGUAAUGAGAUUUCAUUGUAAUUAUCGCUUUUAUUUGCAAGAAUUUAUAGAACGAAAUGUGCAAUUUAGAAAAAUGAAAAUCGAAUCAUCAUUAUUAAUGGAUAAAAUAAUAUAAUGCUAAUUUCUUAUUGUAAAUCUUGGGCAUACUAAAUCUUAUUUUAUUAUAUUUAUUAUAUUUUUUCUUUAAAAUAAUAUAUAUAUCUACAAAAAUACUAUUUAUUUAUGUGCUAUAAAAAUCUUUGAUGAGAAAUGAAAGUUGAGUUGUACUGCAUUAAUUUGUUAAAUAGAAUUAGAAAUAAUACUUUAUCUAUAAUUAAAAUACAUAAUAAUAUAUUUUUAUUUUUUAAUUGUUUGUUUAUGUUAUCUAUUUCAAUUUUAUUGAGAUAAAGAUGUUAUUCAUUUAAACUAUUAAUGUACAAUUACAGUUUACUUAUUCAUAUUUUUAUGUUAAUUUAACACAGCUUUUGUAUAUGCAUGUGUAAUAUAUUUUGUUAUGUAACAUAAUAUGAAAUAAAUUUUUAAUUAAAA